AUGACGCCACAGAAAAAUAAUAAGGCAAUAGUUAACUUAGAUGAUGAUGAGGAGGUGCAUUUUAAGGGUGUGUGGAAGCUUCCAUGCGGCAGCUACACAGCUGAAAUCAGGCAUCCCGAUCAGAGGAGAAAUAUCUGGCUCGGAUCUUUUAGUACUGCCGAGGAAGCUGCCAGGGCUUAUGAUACUGCAGCAAGGAAGUUUGGCGGCCACACGGUCAAAACUAAUUUUCCACCAGUAUCUAAGGAUUACCUUCAAACCACCACCAGAGAUUUUCUUUGCAAAAUUAAUCAUAAUAAUGUCAUGAGUGAUCAUAUCCUUCCAAAUCAGAGCAGAAAUAUCGCAUCAUCUUCUAGAUCAAGCAGCGAUGCGGUGAGUUUUUCAUUGCUUAAUCAAAAUCCUAAUGAGUUUCGUCGUUUUAAGACGGUUACAGGAACUUCUGUUGUCAUGUCGACGGCAUGUGAUAAGGACUUAUUGGAGACUUUAAUGAAAGCUGGAGUAAUACUUCCGGAUCCAAAGAUGAGCAGCCAAAAGGAGACUCUAGAUUUCAUGGGUGUCGGCCCCGUUCAGCCUCGAACCGCUAGUGCUGAGCCUCCAAAUCUUGAGCUCAGCCUUGCACCACCAGGAAACAUGUGA